AUGUCUACGUCUUCUCCAAGUGUCACGUCGUCCCCAACAGCACCGGUGGCCCACGCGGCAUCGCACACGCACACUGACACCGUGAGCGGCCCCGUGCUCUGCCCUUUCUGCGACAAGGAGCUUCCAGCAGACAUUAUCUCCCGACCGGGAAUCCCACUAGCGGCCAAUGGGUUCGCUUCGAGUGCUGAGAUGUCGACGUCGGCACUCAUGAGCUCGGAAGGCGAUGCGGAUCAGGCAGACACGCUGGCGUCCAAGGCCGCCAUCAGUGAUGACGACAUUCGGCGCUGGUCCUCAAUCGUUGGUGUGACGAUUUCCGCCCCACCAAAGCUUGCGCCCCUUGCUCAGCCAGCAGUCAGCGAACUGGCCAAGCCUGUGCCCCUGUUACCUCCACCGCCUCCAGCUCGAGCUUCGCCGAAGCCCACCAAAUCGCGCUUCGGUUUCUUCUCGAAAAGCAAGGCGAACACCGAUGACGAUGACAGCGGCUCGGAUGGCAUCAUCUCGGGGUACGCCAAACUCGGUGGGCCCGGUUCCGACGACGAAGGCGACAACGACUACGCGAGCGACGAGGAAAUCACAUUCAAGCCGCGGCCACGCGAUGACACGCAAUCCGAGAAGGCGGCCUCGCGGCCUGAGACGCCGGCCCUGGCCCCACCACUUGUCCUCAAGGAGACCACUGGUGUGGGCGACGCAGAGCUCAAGUCUGUGCUGCGCGAGGUGUUGAGUCGAGUACAGGCAUUGUCCCAAUCACACGCCGAGCUGCAGACUUCUCACACAACGUUGCUGACGUCGCUCAAGAUCGCGCGGUCGAACCUCAUCAUGGCUGAGGCCAACACUGAAAUGCUCGAGGCCGAAUUGCGACGAGCCAAGGCCACUGCAGCUAAUGCCGCUCGGACCAGUACACCCCUGGCAAGAUCAUCGGGUGACGUUACACGGCCCUCAAUCGAGACGAGAGGCUCCGGAUCGGGCAAAACGUGGUUUGGACGGGCGAAGCCCUCGUCGCCGACCGAGGCCACGAUGCGCAUCUCGGGCGAGGGACUGCGGUCGAGCGAGUCGGACGAAUUGAAAAAGUUACGGGACCGGCUUGCGUCGCAGAGCGAUGAGCUCGAAGUACUCAAGAAGGGCAAGAAGGACAUUGAGGCUGAGCUCGAGGGUCUGUCGCAGGCGUUGUUUGAGGAGGCGAACAAGAUGGUUGCAGAUGAGCGCAAAAAGCGAGCCGAACUCGAGGACACGCUCCACGAGGUCAAGGGUGAGCGUGCCGCACUGCGCGAGACGGUCAAGGUUCUUGGUGGGCGCAUCCAGACUCCACCGCCAAUCGCUACGCCACAGGAGAUGGCGUAUGAGUCGCCCAGUCUCGACAAACACUACGCUGCGUUGCGGAGGAGUAUUCACCACGUCGUUGAUUCGCCUACCCCGGCCAUGAGCGAGCCUGGCACGCCUCCAGACGCAGAGGAAUCAGGGGUAGAACACAACGAGUUCAAGUCUGCGCCGUCUUCGCCUGAGAUCAACAUCCCUGGCGCGUUUACGACUGUAGCCCCAGCAUCGUUAGAGACUGAGCCGAACCCAUGGGCGACGACGCCGCCAGUGGCAGGUUAA